AGGCUGCAGGGGGAAGCGGGUACAGUCCGAAACGGAUCCAGCGUCCGGUGUGGUCGGUUCCCUGAUCCUAGAGGAUCUCAGUUCUUUGAAAUUGAGGAACAUGAUAAGGAGUUGGCUGAUUAUUUUUAUCCUUCCCCUGAAGCUCAUAGAGAAGUGUGAGUCAACAGUCGACCUCACUGUCCCUCCCACUGUGAAGCUGGAAAAUGGAAGCUCAGCCAACGUCAGCAUCACCCUUCAGCAUCCAUUAAAUGCAACCUUGGUGAUCACUUUUCAAAUCACAUUUCGUUCAAAAAAUGUUACUAUCCUUGAGCUCCCCGAUGAAGUUGUGGUGCCUCCUGGAGUGACAGAUGCCUCUUUUCAAGUGACAUCUCAAAAUGUUGGACAAGUUACUGUUUAUCUGCACGGAAAUCAUUCCAACCAGACUGGCCCGAGGAUCCGCUUCCUUGUCAUCCACAGUGACGUCAUUAGCACCAUAAACCAGGUGAUUGGCUGGAUUUACUUUGUGGCCUGGUCCAUCUCCUUCUACCCGCAGGUGAUCACCAACUGGAGGCGGAAAAGUGUCGUUGGUCUAAGCUUUGACUUCGUGGCCCUGAACCUGACAGGCUUCGUGGCCUACAGCGUGUUCAACAUUGGUCUCCUCUGGGUACCCUCCAUUAAGGAGCAGUUUUUCCUCAAAUAUCCCAAUGGAGUGAACCCUGUGGACAGUAACGAUGUCUUCUUCAGUCUGCACGCAGUCGCCCUGACCCUGGUUGUCAUGGUGCAGUGUUUCCUCUAUGAGCAAGGCAACCAGCAUGUGUCCUGGCCUACCAUCAGUUUCCUGGUGCUCUCAUGGGUCUUCGUGCUCGUCACCAUGAUUUUGGCUGCAGUUGGGGUAAUCACAUGGCUGCAGUUUCUCUUCUGCUUCUCCUACAUCAAGCUCGCAGUGACGCUGGUCAAGUAUUUUCCGCAGGCCUACAUGAACUUUUACUACAAAAGCACCGAGGGCUGGAGCAUUGGUAACGUGCUUCUGGACUUCACUGGGGGCAGCUUCAGCCUCCUCCAGAUGUUCCUCCAGUCCUACAACAAUGACCAGUGGACACUGAUCUUCGGAGACCCAACCAAGUUUGGACUUGGCAUCUUCUCCAUCUUCUUCGAUGUGAUCUUCUUCAUUCAGCACUUCUGCUUAUACAGAAAUAAACCAGGGUAUGACCAACUGAACUAGCACCCAGGGACCCCAGCAUAAGUGGCCCCGGGUCCUGUGCCCACCAGGAAGGUUGGGGCAGAGCCUGGAGCGCAGGGCUGGCUCAGUGUGCUGACAGUGUUGCAAGUGCUCUCUUCCUCAAGGUCAAACACCUGACACACAAACCAGCCUGCCCUCUGCCAGAACUGUCCCAGGCCAGGCUGGGAGGAGCUUCCCUCUGAGACAGAUGGCUGACUCUGCUUUGAGAUGGAAAACCACACCACUGACGGCCCCUCCCAGGCCUUGCCAGCCGGGUAUCUGGCCCUCCUGCGUCUUGAUGCCGCCGUCUCUAUUUUCUUUAAGGCUUCAGGCAGCACACAUGGGUUCUGACAGCCGUCCCAGGCAGGAUUGGGUGCUGAGCUUGGAGCCGAAGGCCUUGACCUAAGUGACCAGUGUUUCUGGGAGCAGCUUGAAAGACUGAUCCCGCAGUUGUGAGCCAAGGGUGCUUUGCUGCCACUGGUGUGUUCCCAGAGACCCAAGCAGCCAGGUGGUGUGGCCAAUGGACUCAGAGGUGCUGGUGCUGGUGGCAGAGGGGACAGGACUUUUGGGAUUAGGCCCUGGGGGGGGGG